UAUCAGCCCACCUGCCUUGUUCGUCUGUGGAGUAAACCUAGGCCAAGGUGUUUUGAUUGGCAUCGAGGCUAUGCCAGUAUGUAAGCGCAUCAUGGCUGAGCGCUGAGGUGCUAUUCAAGUUUGGCCGCCGCAUCUACGCUCACAUAACUACACGGUUGGAUGUUUGAUCCCGCCAUUCUUCGCGUCUCUACUCCUCCUUUUGCAAAUUGUGCUCCACUUUUUCCAAUGCGGACUCUGACCUGCACAGCAUUGCGAUCGCUCAUUAGCUUCCUCGAGAUACAUUGUCUGCCUCCCAUCAUGAUCUUCUCUUUCAAUCGGAUCAGCGCGUUCAAGCUGGACCGAAAUCGCACACAGUUUCCCCUGCGACCUCUUUAUGCGACAACAUUCAUCGGAUGUCAAGGGCUGACGCUUGAAAAAGCCGUGCUUGACCUGCGCACAUAUUCGUUCACACACGGACAGUUAUACACUGCGCAUUCAAGAGUAUGACGAGUCGCUGAGACAUUCGAACGAUAUUUCCAAGAGAAGAAGAGGAAGAAAAAAACAGAAAACGUAACAUCCGAAGGUGAAUAGAGCGCUUGUAUGUACUAUACAUAAACCUAGGUGCA